UUCUGCUUCGGAGGACAUUUGUUUGCAUUUACAGGGCGAUCACCUUUGCUUCUUCGUUUCUUGUGAUACAUAUUUGUUACCCGCAUUCCCUUUUAUUACUAUUUUUAUGACAUCCCUUCUGUUGGGCGGCCUCUGUUUCUCGGGUCGGGACUCUGGUUUGGUCUGUUUUUGUUUUAUUUUUGCUGCAUGGAGGCGGUUCAUGAAGUGUAUACCCCCUUUUGGUUGUUGUUGUUGUUGUUGCGCGCAACGCUGUAGAUACAGGUUCCAACCGACUGAUCAGUGUGCUGAUCCCUCAGAAUAUCCGAAAUUCAAACAAAUCCAAAAUAACAUAUACAAAACAAAAGACUUGCUUAUGUUCCUUGUAGAUGAAUUUCCUAAGCAUCGAAGAGAAGAGAAAGACCAGGGUUUGAGGCAGAAGAUACUACAUACGUGGUCCCGGCUGAUCUCCCGGCGCUUUGGUUGGCUUAGCCGAGCGCUAAGCGUCAGGCAAGCGAAAGCCAACGUCGACCACCGCAACCGUGUCUUAUCUUCUUUCAAACCUCACCGCCAGCGCUCCAGCCUUCGCAAGCUUCACCCUCCAUAUCACCGAUCUUCAGUACCAACCCGUCCGGACUGAAUCGAUCUCACCAUGUGGAUCAUUAACUGGUUCUACGAUGUCCUGGCCUCCCUCGGCCUGCUCAACAAGCACGCUAAGCUCCUCUUCCUCGGCCUUGACAAUGCCGGAAAGACGACCCUUCUGCACAUGUUGAAGGUGCGUACCUACCCCUGCACGUGCUCUCCGGUUCCCGCCACCGUAUACCCAGGCGCAGUGUGAUGGGGCCGCUCAAUUGCGGCCCAGGAAA